CUCAGACUCACAUUCCAGUGCAGUGAUUUAGAGCUUCCUUUGGCUGUGACAAAGCAUAUCCGACUAGGCGCGUCUGAUGCCCUCCAAAGGAAUUUCGCCCCCUCACAGCUAACGAUGAACUCAGAUCCACCUGAGAAAGGCCCACAGACCCCAUUUCGAAGUCAGAGUAGCGGGCUCAUUGGUCCCAUGCUUUCUCGAUGCUACAAAAAAAGAAGAAGUGCUAUGAAGGAAGGCAUGAAGAACGUCUACGACAUCGUCUAUUUAGAGGCUCUAACUAAACGAAUGCUCGCAGGGUGGAGUGAACGGUUUGUUUUGCCCGCAUCCAGGAAGAAGAAAAGUCUGAGAAGAGGCUAUCCUCGGAAACAUCCAAACCAUGCAAGCGCUCGAGUCUUCUUUGGUGGGUCCUCUUCGUCGCUAACCUUGCUCAGCUCCAAUGAUCCUAUCGGACUCCGAAGCGGUAUUGCCAGUUCGCCUUUCGGCAAGCUUAACGCCCUCGUCAUCCUCGAGAUGUCUUCCUACUCGCGUAUAUCCAGGUACGCCGUUAGAGUGAAAUACAAAAGGAAUCAUCCUUCCGCUACUUCGUCUCCUUCGCCUGCUACACGGAAGUUCGCUACGCUACUCAGCGUAAACGUCCUCUUCGUUGCUUCGCGACCACGCUUGUUCGCCGCCCAACGACGCCUUUCGGCCGGGUCCUUCCUUGGCUGCCCGCCUACUUCGGAUAUCCGC